AAUCUGUUAUAGUUUGUUAAAUAUUGUCAACUGUCAGUCAGAGAAAAACGUAUUUUAGUGGUCAAAACACGUGCUAUUAUUUGUUUAUUAAUACGAGUAUUAAAAUUUAACAAAAUUUAUGUAACAUGGGUCGUAAAAUUCCGGCUAAAAAACAUCGUGGUGUUAAAGACCCUUUGGUACAACAAGCUAGACGCUUACAGAGUCUUAAAGGAAAGAUAAAUGCACCUCCGAAGGACCCAGAUGAGCAACCCAUACCUCGAUCUCUUACCCAACUAUUUGCCUUUCAAAAUAAAGAACACACACAGAAAAAGAAGAAAGAUAAGCGGAAACUGUUGAAAGAUGAUGUAAAAGAUUCCUCUAGUGGCAGCAACCCCAUAGCCAAAUUGAAGAAGUUACCGGGAGAGUCAGGGCGGGGGUUCUCUCUACGCAUCAACAGUGCUAUGAGAGCUCUGCACGAUCCCAUGGAACAAAUGGAUUAUCCUCAAGAUAUAGAAGAAGAGGACACGAAGGGUGCGCGUAUAGCGUCGCUGCGAGAGUGGAGACAGAAGAAGAACCAAGCCCGCCGCAAGAAGGAGACCGGAGACGACCAGCCGAAGAUCUCUCGCACUCAAAAACUGGCCCUCAAGAAGCAGGCCAAAAAACAAAAAUUGGAAGAGGAGGCGGCCCCGGAGCUGCGCUACGAGCGCGUGCAGUUCGGCGAGCGCGCGCACGCGCCGCCCGCGCUGCCCGCGCCGCGCCGCGCGCCGCCCAGCGGGAAGGUGACGAUCUCAUCCGUUACUUCUACAUCUCGAGCUUUACAGCUAACUUUGCUGUCAACAGCGAUGCUGAGACAGAAUAAAUGUUCCUUUCCUCUGAGAACUGGAGAAGCAGGACGAACCGUAGUCAUGGUAACGGCCAUAGAUGAAGUAGUCCGUAGGUCGCUCUGUACCUGUAACAAUACAAACGACCACCAGCAGCCGGGGCGCCGCGACCUGCUGCUGAAGGCCCUGCUGGGGACGCACGCGGGCGGCGCGGCGCACGCGGCCGGCGAGCGGCGCGCGGCGCAGCUGGAGCAGCGCGAGCGCGCGCGCCUGGACGUCGUGGCCGCCUACCGCGCGCUCAAGAAGAGCCGCCGACUGCAGGAGCGGGCGGCGCCGCCGGGCCGCCGGUGA